AUGCGUUUCAUUCAACUCGUGGCAUCCGCUGCGGCGCUUGCCACCGCAGUUGCUGCCGGUGGUGAGGGUGGAUACGGCAACAAGCAACCUGAAUAUGGCAACAAGGAGCCUGAGGCUCCCAAGUAUGAGCCUCCCAAGUACGAGCCUCCCAAGUACGAGCCUCCCAAGUACGAGCCUCCCAAGUACGAGCCUCCCAAGUACGAGCCUCCCAAGUACGAGCCUCCCAAGCCCCAGCCUCCCGUGUACGCGCCUCCUCAGAACAUCACCAAGUACACCACUGUCAUUACUACUGACUAUACGACGUUCUGUCCUACCCCGACUAUUAUCCCCAUUAACAGCAUCACUUACACGGUCACCAAGCCAACCACCCUGACCAUCACCAACUGUCCUUGCACUUUCACUCAUCCGGUUCCUCCGCCGCCGCCUCCUCCUCCCCCUCCUCCGCCUCCUCCACCACACGCUAAUACCACACGGCUGCCUCCUCCCCCUCCCCCUCCUGUCACCACUGUGGUUCCUCCCCCUGAGACUUCCGUGGCGCCUCCUCCUGUCACCACUGUGGUUCCUCUCCCUGAGACUUCCGUGGCGCCUCCUCCUCCUCCGGAAACCGUGGUCCCUCCUCCUGAAACCGUGGUCCCCCCUCCGGAGACCGUGGUUCCCCCUCCGGAGACUGUGGUCCCUCCUCCGGAAACCGUGGUCCCUCCUCCGCAGACUGUGGUCCCUCCUCCGGAAACCGUGGUCCCUCCUCCGCAGACUGUGGUCCCUCCUCCGGGAACCGUGGUCCCUCCUCCGCAGACUGUGGUCCCUCCUCCGGGAACCGUGGUUCCUCCUCCGGAGACUGUGGUCCCUCCUCCGCAGACUGUGGUCCCACCCCCGGCGAGCACUCAACUUCCUCCACCACCUCCGGCCACUGGCACAACUCCUCCGCUUAUCCCCACCGCUGCUGCCGACAAGACCAACGCUGGCAUCGGCGCUCUCGUCCUCGCUGGUCUUGCCGCUUUCGCUCUCUAA